AUGGGUUCCACCAUGUACGCCGAGGAGCGGCAUAUUGCCUCGCUUGCCGUCCAACAUGCUUCGUUGCUCACCAAAUCUGUCAUGCGAUCGAUAAAACACGUGUCCAAAAAAGAUUCCACCCCGGUCACGGUUGCCGAUUUUGCCGUGCAAGCCCUUCUCAUCAGCACCCUCAGCCAGGCAUUUCCGGCCGAUAACUUCCUCGGCGAGGAGAGCGCCGCCGCCCUCCGGGAAGACGCCGUCCUAUGCCAGCAAGUAUGGGAGCUUGUCUCUUCGUCUCAGAAGAGCCUCCUCCAGGACGAAAAAGGUCGCACCACCACGGCCCUGGUGCCACCCUCGUCGCCGGAACAGAUGCUGGAGUUGAUUGACCGUGGCGGCCUGGGAACCGGUGGCCGACAAGGCCGGACGUGGAUCAUGGAUCCGAUCGACGGCACGGCGACCUUUAUUGAGGGCGGCCAGUACGCCGUCGCCGUCGCCCUCGUCGAGGAUGGCAGAGAAGUCCUCGGCGUAGUGGGCUGCCCGAACCUCGCGCUCGACCUGCCCCGUCUCGAAAGCGUGCCCGCCGACGAUGACGGCCACGGCUUCGUCGCCUCCGCCGUCCGAGGCGACCACGGUGUCCUCGUGCAGCCGAUACGCCCCUCCGGCGAGCUUCCUCCCGGACAAUUCAUCCCAUCCCGCCGCCUGUCGUCGCAGCCCACCGCCGACUUAAACUUUGUGGACUCGGUGCUCGGCGAGGAGUAUCAGUUGCGGCAGGCCAAGAAGCUGGCAACCGGUCUCGGCUGCGCGUCCUUCCCGACGACGGAGAUUUGGUCAACCCAGGUCCGGCUUGUCGUCAUGGCCCUGGCCGGUCGCGACAACAUGGUGCAGGUCCGCCUUCCACGACCGUACAGCGGCGGCGAGGAGGAUCCGGAGAACUACAUCUGGGACUAUGCGGGCGCGCACGUGAUCCUGCUCGAGUCCGGCGGUGUCGCGUCUGAUUUGAAUGGCAAGGAGAUUGAUUUCGGGACGGGCAGGCGGCUGUCGGGCAACUGGGGAUUGAUCGCUGCGUCUCGUCCUGAAUUGCAAGCUCGGCUUCUCGGUCAGGCGAGGGAGUUUUGCGCGGGAGAAGCGGUAAAAGGUUAG